AUGUAAAAUAAGGAGAUAGCCUUUUUAAGUAUUGAAAGUCCUAUUCACAGUUAAAAUGUUAUAUCUCCUCGAUUUGAUGAAUUGAUUCCUAUUCAUUCUAAUGAAAACAUUGAUGAUUAACCUAUAGAUGAAGCUAUGAAACUAAAAAGAAAUAUAUUUGAUAGAAAGAACUUUAGAGCAUUAAAUGAUGGACAUAAAUCUGAUAAUUCUAAUGAUGACAACUCUUUAAGUAAUAUAAAGUACUUCUAAUUUAUUUAAAAAUCUAUAGCGAAAGUUUAGUUGAGGAUGGAUCUGUUAAAUCAAAAACUAAUUCAUUGGAUCAAUAAUCUCUUUCUUAAAAACAAUGCCAAAAUAAUAGUCAAUUAUAAAAUGCAUAAUGUGAUUAAAUAGUAGAUUCAGCUUGUAAUCUUCUCUCUAAAACAGGCAAGUCUAACUCAAAACUUGAAAAAUAUCAAAGUUUCGUUUAGCAAUUUGAAAUUCAAGAAGAUAAAAUAUAGAGAAUAAAAACAUAGUAGGCAUAGAAAUAAAUUAAAAUAAAAGAUGUUAAGCCGAAGAAAUUGUCAGGUCGAAGAGAAGGAACAGUUGGGUAUAUAUUUAUUAUAAGAAACUUAGUUUAAAUCAAAUUUGGUCAUAAAAUGGUUUAAUGAUCAUUAGAUUAGUAUCAAGGUUUAUUCAAUAAUUGAAGACAAAAACUGAAACAAUAAAAUUUAGAUUAUUAACACAUAAAAUAUAUUCAGUUAUUGGAGAUUUGUCUAGUAACUUUGAAUUUAUUUUAGUUACUAACUAAAUUAAAUAAAAACCAAGCUUAGUAUAUUUUUAAUAAAAAUAUUAUUAUUAGUUUCUCAUUUUGAAAUAUAAUUUUUAAAAAUAAGCAACAAAGUAUUUACAUUAUUUAGAAAAUUGUUAAGAAUUUCUUAGUAGAAAUAUAAUAGUUAUCAAACCUGAUAGCAAAUUUAAAAUAAUAUGGGAUAUCCUUUUAUUAUUAUUUAUAGUAAUGAACAUUUUUUAUAUUCCUAUUAAUAUAAGUUUUGAUAUUACUACUUCAGGCAUAUUUGAAUAUUUAUUUGAUUUACUUCCAUCAUGGAUAUUUGUUGUAGAGAUCAUUUUAAACUUUAACACAGCAUAUUAUGAUAAAGGUUUAAUGCAUGAAGAUAGGAAAUCUAUUGUAAAACAUUAUUUAAAACAUAACUUUUUUUGGGAUUUGAUUGUAGUAAUUCCUUUUUUAAUAUCAAAUUUAAAUAUCCCAUUUGUUAGAUAUAUUUUACUUUUAAGAUUAACUAGAUUAAAUCCCUUAAUGGAAAGUAUAGAAGAAAUGCUUAAUUUAGAAGUAUUAUAUUUUAUAUUAUAUAGGAAAACAUUCAAAUUGUAGUUGAUCUAUUUAAAUUAAUCUUUUUUCUUGUUUUAACAGGUCAUUUUUGUGGAUGUGCUUGGCAUUUUGUUGCUUUGACUGAAUAUGAAUCAUUUGGAAUUACAGAAACCUGGCUUACUCACUAUGAUCCAAAUGCUUAUAAUUAUGAUUGGUUUGAUAGAUAUAUAAUAUCUUUGUAUUGGAGUGUUAUAACAACAGUAACAGUUGGAUAUGGAGAUAUAGUUCCAGUAACUACAUUUGAAAGAAUAUUUGUUAUUGUUGUAACAUUAUUACUUUGUGGAAUAUUUGGUUAUUGUAUAUCAAAUAUAGGAAAUAUUUUUAAAUCUAUUUCAGAUAAAAAAACAAUAUAUAAAUUUAAACUACGUUAAAUUCAUUAACAUAUAAGAAAAAGAGGAUUAAAUUUAAAUUUAUCAUUAAAAGUUAAAAAAUAUUUUGAAUAUUAUUUUAAAUUAGAAUAAGAAGAAGAUAAUCAUGCAGAUAUCUUUUUAUCAUAACUUACAAAACAUUUAAGAGAGGAAGUCUUAACAGAUUUAUAUAGUAAUACACUAAAAAAAUCAAGACUCUUAAGAGAUAAUUUUAAUGAAAUUACAAUCAAUAAUCUUUGUUAAUUUGUUAAAGAGAAAAAGGUUUUACCAGAAGAAGUUCUCUAUUCUAGAUUUGAUUAACCAAAAAGAAUUUGGUUUAUCCUUUCAGGUUCAUUAGAAUAUAUUGCUGAUCAUAAAAGUAUUAUUAUAUCAUUACAUUAAUUUAGAUGAAAAUGAUUAUUAUGAAGCUACAGAAACAUUUUUGAAGAAAUUUACUGCUGGGUAAAUUAUCACUACUAGUAAAUAGAGCAGUUUUAGGAGAAAGAGAAUUCAUUACCUAGUAACCUUAUGAAUAUAAAGCCAGAGCCUUGAAAUUUACAUAGAUGGCAUAUAUUGAGUAUGAAAUUUAUGAAUUGAUUUAGUUAUGAUGAUUUCAUAAAUGUUAUUGCAGAAAAUGAUAUGGAAUAUGAAAUAUUUUGUAUGAAAAGAGAUAGAUUAUUAUUGUAUCCUGCAUUUAAGGGAUCAGGAAAUGUAUGUGAAAUAUGUGAAUGGACACAUAAUUUCAUAUAGUAUAAUCCUAAUUUAUUUUAGAUGUCCAUUUGUUUUUCUUUAACCAAAUACAAAUAAAAUUGCCAAUAAAUUUACUGCAGUUAAACUUAAUAAUAGAAUCAAAUUUCCAUAUCGUAAACCUUAAAAAUCAAGAACAAAGGAAACUUUAAAUUAGGCUUAGGAAUGUGCUUUAAGAAUUAUUGUUGGAAAUUUAACCGAAUAGUAAUUUAAACAAAUAAUUUUUAGAGAGUACACUGAUGAAUACUUGAUUUCUUUAGGAUUUUAAUUGAGUCCCAAUCUAGAUGAUAUGUCACCAAAAAAUUAUGAAUCUUCCUAAAAUAUUCAUGAUUCCAAAUCUAUAUCUAAUAGUGAUAAAUAAAAUGCAAUCCUUUAAAAGAAAACAAGAACAAUUGUUGGAAUAACAAGUGAUUUAAGAGAAAGUCGAGACUUAGAUUUAAGUAAACAAAUGAGAAAAAGUAUUAUAAAUUUUAAAAGAUUGUAAUUUGGAAAAGAAAGAACAAGAGCUAUUUAAUUUAUAAAAAAAGACAAUUUCUAUUAAGAAAUAAUCCCUGAAACAUUAGAAUAAUCUUAAAUGUUAAUUAUUCCUGCUCCAUCUCAAAUUCAAAAUUAAAAUAAUCAUACUGCAAUUAAACAAUAUUAAUAGAAAUCAAGAAGAUCAUCUAAUCUAGAUGAUUUAGGAUUUAUAUAAGUUUCAUAAAAAUUGGGUAAUUUAGCUUAAUAAUUUGUUCAAUAAGAUAAUGAAAAUAGUAAAUAUUCACUUAAAUAAAUGAGUAAAAAUAGUGAAGAAAGUGAAAUGAAAGAUUCCAUUAAAAUUAUAAAAUAAAUUGAAAAUCAAGAAAAAAGAAUUCCAAUAGGGAGUGAUUAAAGAAGAAAAAUUAAGAAAACAACUAUUUAAAUGGGAUAUAGACCUAAAAGAAGAUCAUAUUAAAAUCAAUAAACUAAAAAUCUAAGUCCUGUGACAUAAAAUUAAUAAUAAAUAUAAUAAGUAACAAUUUCUUUAGAUUAAAAUAAAAAUAGAACAAGUGUUAUUGAAAAUAAGAAGAAUUUAUGUUAAAAUACUUAAUUAACAAGUUCUAAAUUAAUAGAAUUUAAAGGAGAAAUAAAGGAAGCAUCCCAAAUAGAUUCAUUGCAACAAAAAAUACUAGAUAUAAUGCAUUAAAAUGUUAAUCUUGAAAUGGACAUUUGCAAAUCAACUUUAGUUUAUUUUCCUGAACAUAACAUAGAAGAAAUAUUGAAAAAGAUAGAAUUUUAUUAUUUAUAGAAUAAAGUGAAGGAAAAGAAACAAUAUAAAAAAAUUUAAUCUAAUCGUAAUCUUUUUGAAAGAAUUAAAGGAUCAAAAAAUGCAACUAUUAAAAGCUUAUAAAAUAAUUCCAAAUCAUAAACAGAUGUUUAAAAACAGGAUGAAAAUAUUUGA